AAUGAUUUCUAGAUGAAAAGGAUGUGAUAAAUUUAGUUGUCAAUUGGUAUCGUGGUUGUUAUUCACCGCUUCCGACUUACUUUGCAAAUGGCUGCAGUCACGGUGAAGAACAGACGUUGCUUCUGCUUAUCAACACGGAAUGAGCGUGCGUUGUUCAGGUUGUGUUACACAAGUGAUUUGUUGGCAGGAUCACAGAGUUCUUCGCCGCGCAUGGAUAAUAUCCAAGACUGAAGAAACUAAUUGAACCAAAGGGGUAGCAAGGUGACGCAGUGAUGCCUGCAGUCAGUGUGUGCGAUCCAGUAGCGGCUGCACUCCGUCAUUCCCUGGAGUCUAGCCAUUCUAAAUCGAGCGACGAUCUGUCGGCUACAGUUGGGGCAAAUGCAUCGCGGAUCCUCGAGUCACAGAUAGAAUACGAAGAGGUCGCCAGUUAUCAAACAACAGUCUUGGAGCAGCUCAAAGCGAAAUAUAUAGUCUUGAGUUUGCCACAGCAGAAGCUUGAUCCAUCGCAGUCUGGCCAAAACGAAGACAAUUCAUUCAAUAACUCGUCGAAAAAAGGAGAGGACAAGAUAAUGGGACCCAGUUUGCCAGAGCCAGCAGUGACACUCUAUCCUGCACAAAAAAUCAUUCUUGGCUGGAAGGGCACCUUGCCAGUUGGAGCUGGAAUGUACAAUGUUGGUAAUACUUGCUACCUCAACAGCACACUGCAAGCGCUGUUCCAUGUACCUGCACUUGUGAAUUGGCUAUUGGCAGAUCAACAUCACAUGUCGAAAUGUGAACAGAAUAUUUUAGAUGGAGCUGGAGAAUGUCUUACUUGUGCAAUGGCGAAAACGUUGCAGUUCAGUCACCAGAAAUCUGGAUACGCCAUCAAGCCUUUCUACAUUUAUAAUAAGUUGAAGCUUAUUUGUAGAACGAUGGUGCCUGGGCAACAAGAAGAUGCCCACGAAUUCUUACGCUAUCUGUUGGAAGGUAUGGAGAGGGCAUAUUUGUCCAGGCAUAGAGCGACCAAAUUGGAUAAUUAUUCUAAAGAAACAACACCUGUAAAUCAAAUAUUCGGCGGGUAUAUACGCACUGAAGUUAAGUGCCUGCAGUGCCGUCAUAUAUCUACUACGUUCCAACAUUUCCAGGAUCUCCUGGUGGAUAUUCGAAAAGCAAGUACUCUGGAUGAGGCACUCUCGAGUUACUUCAGCCGGGAGCAGCUUGAUAAUAAUGACUACAAAUGUGAGGCUUGUAAACGGCGUGUACCAGCAACAAAGCAGUUCACACUUGAACGUCCUCCAAAAGUCCUUUGUGUCCAGCUAAAACGGUUCAGUGUUCUGGGUGGAAAAAUUUCCAGGCACAUUGGUUUCAAACAGAUUGUCGACAUGGGCCCUUAUCUGUGGCGGGAGCCAGGAGAGCCACUGCGUACCUUAACGUACAAGCUUACGUCUAUCGUCACUCAUAUGGGACCUUCCGUCAACUGUGGCCAUUACACCGCCGUUGCCCAAGUUUCUACUGGACAAUAUUACACGUUCGACGAUUCAUGUGUGCGUCCGACGAGUCUGAGCAAUGUACUCAGUACAAAUGCUUAUAUAAUGAUAUUUGAAAUGGAGUCACAGUUCCAAACGAAGCUGCAAAAUCAACAGCCAGCAAAAUUGAAUGGAUUAGUGCCAACGAAAAAUUUGUCCCCACUGUCUAACGGUUGUGCAAGCAAAACAGUCAGUUUGAAGCCAUCGACCUCUUGUAUAAUUCCUCUCAAUGGAAUAAUAAACUCAUCUGCAAACCGUCAGGAAUCAAAGGAUCGAGUGAUUGGACCACAAUUGCCUCCACAAAAAAUUAUUGGUCCGCAGCUUCCACCACAGAAGAGCGCCAACUUCAUUGGCCCUCAGCUUCCCCAAAAGCUGCUAGAUAAAUCUCAUCCUAGGCUAGUCAUGCACCUCAAGAAUGGCAAAGUUUCAAACGACAAUAGUUUAGUACCAUAUGACGGAUCAAGCGAAGAAGACGAAACCGGUACAAACGGUAUCAAAAAUCCAACACUUCCAAACAGCAACCUUGUUUCGAAAUUGGCAACCUCGACGAAAAAUUCGACAAAUGUUUCAUACAAGACGGGAUCUUUAUUCAAAGAGAAUUCCCCUAAGUUUGUGGCAAAGUCGAAAGAUGUACAGAAAACUGUUGAAGGAAGUGAAAACGCAAUUAUAAAUACAAAUUCAAAGUCAGCCAGCCAAAAUAUAACAUUGCAAGGUAACAAGUAUCAGAUUAUUACGACAAACAAUGGAGUUCAAAAUUCGUUCAAAUCCCAAAUUGUCAAAGGAGAGGUGAAUGUUAAACCAGAGAUAAAUGGAAAAGAGAAGUUACACAAUUCUGCAAGAAUUAGGACUGAUCAAGAGGAACGAGUGCCUACAAAAGCUGGUGCAAGCAGUAUUAAGGGUUGGCAGAUAUCUAAGGAUACACCUUCUCCCACAGCGGCUACUACACCCAAUGGCUGGUCUGUUACUGACAACAAGGAAGAUGCCACUAGAUCAGCGAACCACCAUACAGCACCACCAAGUGCAGCUGCGCUCCGAAACUUUGGCGGCACGAAUCGUUCAGACACAGUAUCACAUCUGCUGAAAAUGUCCCACCGAGGUUAUGGCAGUUCUUCUGUGUCAAAUUGGAACGGAGGACGAGCGCACCUCGAAAGAGAGAUUGGCACGGAACGUCGAGAAGAGCGUAAGCGUCAUCUGGACUCUGAGGAAGAGGAAAUCGACCGAGGUCGCAUGAAAAAAGUAAAAGGUCAUAGAGAGUAUAAGGAUAGAGCGAAUCCUGACUAUAAUCCAUUCCAGGAAUACCAAAUGAGCAAAAGUUGGAGUCGAUCUAGCGGUUAUCACAGGAGAGCUUAUUACAAUGUGUCUAGUAAUAGACCCAGACACGGGAGCAACUACCGACCUCCACAUUACAAAUAUCACAAUCAUUCGCGCGAUCAUUGGCAGCGUAGAUAAAAAGCAUGUGAAAAAUAUGCAUAAUAGUGCGUCGCUACUCUUUCCUUAGUUCUCAGGCAUUGUAUAAAACGUAAUUAAUCCGUAAAUCGUGGAGUGAUCUUUGACAAAACAUUGAUUUAGCACGGUACAAAGAUUUUACAGUGAAAUGUUAUUCAGUUGUAUACGGGUUAAGUGAGUGAAUCAGAGCUUAGGCUGACACUCGGUGUUUAUGAGUCAUUGCUUACGGUUCCCAGAUUCUAUAGACCAUCAAGUUGAACUGAAUCAGGUAGUAAUCAUUUUUAAAUGAAGGGAUAUGAACAAAACAGUCAAAUGGUUUUAUAACUAUGCACUGCCAGAAUUCUUUAGUUUAUUAGAUGUUUUUCAAUGCGUU